UCACAGCAGUACGGCGACACUAUGCCUCCCAAAGCAUCAGGAAAGGCUGCCAAGAAAGCUGGCAAGGCACAGAAGGCCAUUGCCAAGGGCGACAAGAAGAAGAAGCGCAGGAGGAAGGAGAGCUACUCCAUCUACAUCUACAAGGUGCUCAAGCAAGUCCACCCAGACACUGGCGUGUCCUCCAAGGCCAUGUCAAUCAUGAACUCGUUCGUGAAUGACAUUUUCGAGCGCAUCGCUGCCGAGGCAUCCCGCCUGGCACACUAUAACAAGCGCUCCACCAUCACCAGCCGGGAAAUCCAGACCGCUGUCCGUCUUCUUCUGCCUGGUGAACUGGCAAAACACGCUGUUUCUGAAGGCACCAAGGCUGUUACCAAGUAUACCUCCUCCAAGUAAACAGGCGGCCAGUAUACUGCUGCCAGUAUAAAAUAAUACCCGGCUCCAUUGGAGCCACACUUGAAAAGGAAAAAAGAUAC